AUGAAUACGCACCUAGAGAUCUUGGCAAUAGGUAAUAGCCCUGGAAGUAAUAGGGAGAGGCUUCAACUGGAAAAGGAUAUAGAGGUUUCACAGCAAUACCUUAAACCUCUAGCUAAGUAUCAACGCAAAAGAUAUAUCGGAUUGGAGAAGCAGUUGCUGAUAGGGAUAGUAAUUAAAUACUGGUUACUUUACUUACUGAUUUGUUUGAUGUUAAAAAAGCGCUAUCCUAAGGUAAAUCCGUAUAAUUACUUAGCUCGAUAUCUGAUAAAAUACUUCAAAAAGUAUCUGAGCUACAGUAUAGCAGCUGUUUUGGAAACAACUAUAUUGGUAGGGACCUCGAUAUAG